GUAAUUCUCUCUCUCUCUCUUCCAUCUCCAUACCAAUACCAUCGCCAUUGUUACUAUGUCUCCUCUCUACCUUGCCGCCAUAGCUCUAAUCAUCUACAUCUUCACAAAUCAAAUCCUCCACAAGAUCCUAAACCUACCUCCAACGCCAUUUCCAACUCUCCCAUUCAUAGGCCAUCUCCAUCUCCUAUCAAAACCCCUUCACAAAACCCUAGCCAAAAUCUCCGCCAUUCACGGCCCAAUCACCUACCUCCGAUUCGGAUCCCGUCCAGUCCUCCUAAUCUCCUCUCCCUCCGCCGCAAAACAAUGUUUCACCACAAACGACGUCGCAUUCGCCAACCGUCCCAAACUAAUGGCCGGUAAAAUCCUAGGAUACAAUUACACAAGCCUAGCAUGGGCACCUUAUAAUGAAAACUGGAGAAAUCUCCGGCGAAUCGCUACGAACGAGAUCUUAUCAUCUCACCGUCUCCAAAUGCAAUCCGGCGUACGGAUCGAUGAGGUUAGACGGUUAAUCUGUAGAUUAGAUCGUGGAUCUAGAUUGAACGAAACGGUUAAUAUGAAGAAGAUGUUGUUCGAUUUGAUGUUGAAUGUUAUGACGAUGAUGAUUGCUGGGAAGAGGUAUUUCGGAGAGGAGACGGCGGCGGUGGAGGCGGAGGCGGAGAGGUUUAGGGAGAUGGUGGCGGAGACGUUUAGGGUUAGUGAGGCGUCGAAUUUGUUGGAUUUUUUGCCGGGUUUGAGAUGGAUUGGAGUUAGAGGGAUGGAGAAGAGGUUGAUUGAGUUGCAGGAGAGGAAGGAAAAGUGGUUGAAGGUGAUGAUGAUUGAAGAACAGAGAAGAUCGGCCGGAGACAAGAUCGGCGGCGGCGGAAGGAAGAAGAAGACGAUGAUUCAAUUGUUGCUUUCGUUGAAGGAAACAGAGCCUGAGUAUUAUACUGAUCACAAAAUUGGAUCCAUCAUUUGGGUUUUAUUAGCAGCUGGAACUGACACGUCAGCCGGAACAAUGGAAUGGGCCUUAUCACUCCUCCUCAACAAUCCAAAAGUCCUAAAGAAGGCCCGAGAUGAGAUAGAUGAAAAAAUCGGUUUUGAUCGAUUACUCGACGAAUCGGACUUAGCCCAACUUCCUUACCUUAAUUGUGUCAUAACCGAAACCAUGCGAAUUUUCCCUGUCGGCCCACUUCUCAUUCCCCACGAGUCCUCCGAAGAUUGCUCUAUUGGUGGAUAUAGAGUCCCACGUGGAACUAUGUUACUCGUGAACUUAAGUGCCAUACAAAAUGAUCCGGGACUUUGGGAGAACCCUAAUGAGUUUAGGCCCGAGAGGUUUGAAGGGCUCGAUGAGACUCGAGAUGAGUUCAAGUUGUUCCCGUUUGGGAUGGGACGAAGAAGGUGUCCCGGGGAGGGCUUGGCAUUGCGAAUGAUUGGGUUGACAAUUGGAUCUUUGAUUCAAUGUUUUGAUUGGGAAAGAGUGGGCAAUGAGAUGGUGGACUUGACCGAAGGGGGUGGCCUUACUAUGCAUAAGGCUAGUCCUCUUAUGGUUAAGUGUAGUUCAAGACCCAUAAUUACAAGUCUUCUCUUAAAUUCUUAAAUUAGAUUUCAUAUAUAGUUUUAAUUGUGAAAACUUGUAUUAAUAGUAUUAUGG